AUGAAACGUCAUUUGAAAACAGAAGGUAUUAAAUGAAAAUUAGCUACAGUGGAUGGAAUGGAACGAUGUGAAAAGCAGGGAGAUUGUUAGGGAAAGGUUAUUAAACGAAUGAAAUAUCUUUCUUUUCAGCCGAGCAGAAAGAGGAACCCAAUCUCCAAUAUAUCGAUCCUACGAUGAUCGGUGUUCUCGUUGGUAUGGCUCUCAUGUUCAUCAUCAUCUGCGUCGUUCUUAGGCUUUUCAGCAAGGCUCGCUGGCGUGAGAACCGCACCAUAUUCAACACGCCGAAUGCCCGUCUGAUGAACGUGUCGUUACUGAGGGAAAACAAACUGCUGCACCCGCAGGAGAGACGCGGUUCAAGGGCAAGCGUACGGGUUCCUUCGAGGCAGCCCUCAAUGGCCUCCUUACGCGCCCAUUCGCCGAACGCCUCGCAAGGUGCGAAACACUCUCAGCACUCACAGCACAGAGUGAGCCGUACGGUCGACCAUCUAUAGCAGUAGUCUGUUUAAUGAUCCCGUCUGUGACCGUUGUUCUUGAUUAUCAUAUACUCUGGACCUAUGAGGUGCUCUAUUGUAAAAAACUUUUCAAAUUGACGCGUCCUUCGAAGAGGACAAAAAAUAGUAAAACGGCAUUUCCUUUGGUUUUUCAUUCUCGUUUCGAAGGAACUGGGACUUGUCGAACUCGAGUUCCUUCUCAGGCAGAUAUUUCACACGAUCGCCACUGGUACAUACCUUUUCAUGUCAUGUCAGAGGCAUGCGGUCGCGACAAAGCACGCGAUACUUUAGCAAGAAAAUCUCUGUCGCCAGGGUCACGAACAGGAUCACGACGCGGAAGUCGCGGCAGCAGUGGGAACGCGUCGGCUGUCUCGACGAAAUCGAACAAAUCGCCGCCGAAUCAGCCGAGCAACAUGUCGGAAACCGUAUUGGAGAACGUCACCGUGGAAAUUCUCGAGGCCAAGGCGUAGAUUCGCUGGAGAACGGAAGCUGGAACAGCGCUCACGAUCAUCGUUGCCGUUUGUCCAUUUUCCUACCAACGACGAUCCCCCACAGCGAAACGAUCGUCUCUCGAAGCGACUUGAGCAAUCUCUCUUUCAGAACGUGCAAAAUUUACUUUACACACAUUUUCUAUUUUCUACUUUCUCUCUCUCUUUUUUUUUUUU